AUGGAUGCAUCGAAUGGGACAGACGGGCAAAGUGCCUAUCCACCGGGGACAGUCGCGAAAUUGACUUGCGACAUUCUGAACGAUACAUUCUAUAACAUCAUUCAUGAUAUUGUUGCCAAAGUCCAUCGGGAUGAGAAGGUGGCCCGGAUGCGCUCAGCAGUGGUCGUUGCAAGACAGAAGGCGGAAGAGGAAGCCACCAGGCGCCGCGAAGAGGCUGGGACUAAGCCCGCGGGCCCCGUCAAAACUGGUGAACAGGAGUCUGAAGAGUUCAAAGAUAUCCGUGUUGAAACCGACGGAGCUAUAUUUGAAGACGGCAAGGUUUAUCUCAAGGGAAACCCGCUUCAAACAACAAAGGAGAUAAUAUGUCCCGACUGUCGCCUACCUCGUCUGUUAUACCCUGUGACUGGACUUGGGGCUCGUCCUCCUCCAGAUCCUUACAGGGAAUACUGUCAGAGGCAGCCCAUGAUCAGCAAACCCGGACACGAUGUGCACGGGAACCCGUUUGCAACCGACAAGUUGAAUCCGAAGAAGAAAAAGCAAACAAACACUUCGAAUACGCCAGCGUCAAGUCCCCCAACAACGCCUGACAGUUCUUUCAAACAAGCGGCCCCAGAAAAAAUAUCAUUCCCGACUGUGAAGUGCCCAAAUUGCCCUCGUUACUUUGUUGUCACCCGGGUAGCACAGCAUCUAGAUCGAUGCCUCGGCCUUUCUGGCAGGCAAGUCAACAGGAACAAAACACCACAGAACGACGGGAGUGGCACGCCGGCUUCUGCUCCCCCAAAGCGGCCUUUGGACGACGAUACUCCGUCAGUGCUGCCGAAGAAAAAGAAACUAAGUGCUCCGAAGAAGCUGUCUGGGAAGAAACCGCCUCCUCCCAGCAAGUUGAAGAAUGGCAUUACCCCAGACAUGGCUGAAAUCAAGACCGAAGCAAACGGCGACGCAUAG